AUGCAGGCAAUCCUCGGACGCUUGCGAUCACAAUCCAGCCAGAAAGUCCAAGAAACACAGAUCUCAAAUGUAUCCUCUGAUGAUACAAAUCCUGAGCGAGAGCAGCCUGAAUCUGCUCUAGUGACCGCGCCGCUGCAGACGACGACGGCAGUCUACGCAGGAGCUCGGAAAAUACACCCGAACCCAGACGAGCUGCUCUCCUCAGCUCCAACACCCUCAUUGCCAACAUCACCCGUGCGAAAGUCGACGGCCAACGAGCUCGGCAUUCGCGUACCGUCUGCACUUGCACGUGUCGCAAACAGAAAAGUGACUCCGACAGUGUCUCAGCCAACGGAGGAUACGAUUCGAGAGAGUCCAGAACUCGAACGGGACCAGCUUUCGACAGACUCACACCCGCAGGACAAACUGCCAGAAAGCCCGAGUCCACGGAGGGCCAGUCUGUCCCUUUUCUCCGCGGUGCCCUUUAGCUCUGGAACGGGCUGGUCAACAUUUGGGAGAGGCAGAAAGGACAAUAAUGAUGCGCAAGCUGAUGGCCCUCCUCUCCCAGACGCGUCGAGGACGUCGUCCCAGUCACGCACGACAACGACGACGACCAGGACACCACCGACAAAAAGCAGUGCACUCAGUCGGUCAAACUCGACAAAGCAACCGAUGCCGACAUCAGACAGUUCGUCCUACUCACGAGUUCCCCUCAAUAACGACCAUCAUGACAACGCCGAACCAAAGUCACCUAAUACUCAAAACGACGAUCAAGCUAUUUCAACAUCAGCUAAUUUACAAAGGGCCUCCGUAUUUAACAAUAUCUCUCCAGCUCAUGAACAUAUAGAUGCCACAUACCCUCCUCGUACCACCGUCGUCAAACCAGAUGCACCAGCAACAACAUCUCUGCCUUUUACCUUUGGUCGACAACCUCCGACGCGUCCUUCAGCCGACGACGUGUUUGUGAGCGAGUUUGGCUCCGAACAACCAGAUGUCAAUCUUUCCAAACUGAAUCCAACCCCCCCUCCUCCCGCCAUGGACGAGGCAUUUCCAACCUUGGAGACGCCUUCGAGUGAGCGACCUCUACACGGACUGGCUCAUCGGCCCAAUCAAGCCUCGGAUGCAUCAGAGCUUUUGACCACCACGUCGCGAUAUGGCAUUCCCUCCCUCAUCAGCGACUCGUCUCUCGAUAAUCCGCACAGGGAAGAGGCCAGUUCGAGUGCUGGGACAAGUCCCGGAUGGCCUUGGGAUCUCCCAAUUCGGAAUAUGGCGUCCUUUGGUGCGAGCGGAGAUGAACUCUCUCAUCCACGCGAAGCGGCUCUUGGCACACGGAUCCGCAACGUCUCCGAUGAUGGCCGUCGGCGCAGAUCUGCAUCUGGAUCGUCAAGUGGUCUCCGACUUCGUCGAAGCUCUGGUGGUAAACGGCUGAGUGCGCUACUGGAUCAAGGGACCAAGGCCGAUACGCCUUUUGCGAUCAGUCCACCAUCUCCGAUUACGGUGUUCAGCGCAGAAGUACCAAACUCUCAGGAUUUCCCAACUCGGGAAGAGUCGGCGAUAUCUCCCAGUGGACAUGCACAACGAGAUACGAGUGCUACGGCUGUAGACGAACCCAGCCCUAGCACAUCCACUGCGCCCAAUGUGUCUCAUAAUCCACGGCCCUCGACAUCUCGCUCUCCUUCUACGCGUUUACAAGAUAUUUUUGCUCAAAAUAUUCGAGUUCCAGAGGGCUAUGCCCACGCGAGUGGAAUUGGUGUCGCUGGAAUUGAACCCCAUAGUCGACGGCAGAGUAUCAAGGUCAUGGGGAAGCGUAAGGCUGGAGAGGCUGUAGAUCCGGAAGAAAUUGUGAUCCAGGACAACAGGGGUCAUCGACCACGAUUCGAUUCCAAUGGCAUGUCUACUUUUUUUUACUACAUUGAUAAAGCUAAUCAUACUACUCUAGCUCCUUCCUCGUAUUAUCGCAAGCGCAUGAAGUUGUCGUCCAAUGCGUCUGAAAAGGAUGCGUUGCCGCUUCGAACUUCGACGUCUGCUUCUCGUUCUGCCGCUCCUUCUGUACGCUCUGUUACAUCUUCUUCUCGUCCAACUACUUCGCAUCGUCGACCACUUUCGCACAACGCCUCUGCCGUCUCGAUUCCCGUGUCCGCCAUUGUGUCACCGAGGGCACCAUCAAUCCGCCAUAGCAUUUCCGGCACCUCCAAACGAGGUGAUGGUAUGCGGUACCAGCAUCCUCUCAAGAAUCGUGUCCAGCGACGGAAAAAACGAGAGACGUGGGCGGACUCGUGGAUCCUUGAUCGAGACGAUAUGCCUAUUCAAGCAUGGCUCUUCCUUGCCGGUUUCGUCUUUCCACUUUGCUGGUGGAUCGGCAUGUUGCUUCCUAUCCGACGUCAACAAAGUCCAGAUGCGGAAAAGGGCGAACCACCGACGAUCGGCGUCGUCGACCGUAGUCACAGUGGUCUCUGGACCGAUUCUACCGAAUAUGACAUGGAGAGUGCACGACUAUGGCGAGGACGGUGUUUGGCGGCUGCUAUCAUUAGCACUGUCAUCUAUGUCCCGAUUAUCGCCUGCGCGGUCGUCUUUUCGCGUCGUUGA